AUGCAAAAUCCUACUCAAGCCCCUGUGGUAUUUAUGAAUACCUCCCAGGAGAGAACGACGGGUAGACAAGCGCAAAUUUCAAACAUCACUGCUGCCAAGGCUGUUGCCGAUGUGAUCCGUACUUGUCUAGGUCCCAAAGCGAUGCUAAAGAUGCUUUUGGACCCAAUGGGCGGAUUGGUGCUGACAAACGACGGACAUGCCAUCUUACGUGAGAUCGAUGUUGCUCAUCCAGCUGCAAAGUCUAUGUUGGAAUUAUCCCGUACACAGGACGAAGAAGUCGGGGACGGUACGACUACAGUCAUCAUUUUGGCUGGCGAAAUAUUGGCUCAAUGUGCUCCGUAUCUCAUUGAGAAGAAUAUCCAUCCAGUGAUCAUCAUUCAAGCUUUGAAAAAAGCGCUAUCGGAUGCUUUGGAAGUCAUUAAACAGGUAAGCAGACCAGUAGACGUCGAGAACGACUCUGCAAUGAAAAAGCUGAUUGAGGCUUCUAUUGGCACCAAAUAUGUUAGUCAUUGGUCGGACAAAAUGUGCGAUCUUGCCUUGGCUGCCGUGAAAACAGUGCGUGUGGAAUUGGGUGACGUUACCGCUGGCGAAGCGGUGUUUGAAAUCGACACUAAGAGAUAUGUGCGUGUUGAGAAGAUUCCCGGCGGCGAUGUGCUAGAUUCGAGAGUCUUGAAAGGUGUGCUGUUGAACAAGGAUGUGGUGCAUCCUAAGAUGUCUCGUUCGAUACAAAACCCAAGAGUUGUCCUUCUCGACUGCCCAUUAGAAUACAAGAAAGGUGAGUCACAGACGAAUAUUGAGAUCACAAAUGAAGAGGAUUGGAACAGAAUCCUGCAGAUCGAGGAAGAGCAAGUCAAGUAUAUGUGUGAACAGAUCUUGGCGGUUAAACCUAACGUUGUGAUUACUGAAAAGGGUGUCUCUGAUUUGGCCCAGCAUUUCUUGCUAAAGGGUGGUUGCAGCGUGCUAAGAAGAGUGAAGAAAUCUGACAAUAACAGAAUCGCUCGUGUUACUGGUGCAACUAUUGUCAAUCGCGUCGAAGACUUGAAAGAAAGUGACGUUGGUGUGCAAUGUGGCUCCUUCAGAAUAGAGCUAAUCGGUGACGAGUAUUUCACCUUUUUGGAUGAGUGCCAAAACCCAAAAGCAUGUACCAUCAUGCUUCGCGGUGGUUCCAAAGAUAUUCUAAAUGAGAUCGAACGUAACCUACAGGAUGCUAUGGCCGUUGCGCGUAAUGUGAUGCUUGCGCCAUCUUUGUCUCCUGGUGGUGGUGCAACCGAGAUGGCCAUUUCAGUCAAAUUGGCUGAACGAGCAAAACAAUUAGAAGGUAUACAACAAUGGCCAUACCAGGCAGUGGCUGAUGCCAUGGAAUGCAUUCCACGUACUUUGAUACAGAACUCUGGCGGUAACCCCAUAAGGGUGCUUUCGGAGUUAAGAGCAAAGCAUGCACAAGGCGCUUACACAACCGGUAUCGAUGGUGACACUGGCAAAGUAGUAGAUAUGGUCGAUUACGGCAUUUGGGAACCAGAAGUCAUUAAGCAGCAAAGCAUCAAGACUGCUAUCGAAAGUGCGUGCUUACUUUUGAGAGUGGAUGAUAUCGUCAGCGGUGUGAGGAAGCAGGAGGAAUAA